AUGGUGUCGCAUUAUGCCGAGAAGCAUGAGGAAGCGGCCGAAUUGUUCGACAUGUCCCUGGAAAACGAUAAGGCCUUCAUCCGUUGGCUGAAGGAGCUCGAGUUCGAGCUGAGCUGCAGCUUCUCCAUCCGCGACUCCAAUCCCAAGUGCCGGCGAUAUCGUUGUACGCGUGUCGGGUUGCGGAAGCCGAGCAAUAGAGACUUGGCUGAUUGCACGGCAUUUGUACAGGUUCGAUUCGACGACAUCGGACGGGCAUUAGUCCUUUUCUGCCGGCAUCAUUCGCACGAGUGCCCGCCUGAAGCACUGCGGCUCUACUCGUCGCUUAUGGAGGAUGAGGUGAUCAAGAUGGUGCAGAUGGGAAAAACGACCCCGGAAAUCCUCCAGCACUUCAAGAAUGGAUUUCCGAGCGGCGUCCCAGCCAGGCCAACCGUUUCGUACAACCUGACGGCCAAGGAAAAGCGGCGGCGGGAAGGCCGAUUGGAAUAUUUGAUCCAGUGGAAAGUCGGAGAUACGAACCCGAGCAACGCGACAUGGGAGCCAGAAGAAAACGUCUCUUGCCCGGAAGCGAUUGCGAAUUACGAGCGACAACUAUUGAAAGUGAAAACGAUGAUCAAGGGCGAAGAGGAGCUGGCAAACGAGGCGGCCGAAGUGGAAAAGAUUCUCGGAUUGGCCGAGAAUUCGGGGGAACGAUAUUACUUGGUGAAAUUCACGAACAAGGCUUGCCGAUUGGUGCCGAUGGCCGAAGCGAAUACAAAGUGGCCGGCGCAAGUUAUCCAGUAUUACGAUCAGAACCUCACUUUGGAAGAGAAA